AGCUAUUCCUCCCCCAUCUCUCUCUCUCUCCACCCUCUCUCUCUCUGUCUAAAACCCUCAAACCCAUGUGAUCACUUCCAUUGACUUCUCUCCUCCACCGAGAAUCUCAGUAAUGCCGACACGGCGUCGCCGCGCCAACUUCCUCCCUCCCACUCUCCUCCUCCUCCUCACCAUCAUCUCUCUCUCCCAGAUCUCCGCCGCCGACCUCGGCGAUGUAAGCAAGCUCCGUUUCGAAAACCCCAGGCUCCGCCAGGCCUACAUUGCCCUCCAGGCAUGGAAGUCGGCCAUCUUCUCCGACCCCCUCAACUUCACCGCCACCUGGACCGGCCCCGACGUCUGCUCCUACGCCGGCGUCUUCUGCUCCCCUUCCCCUUCCAGCCCCUCCGUCAGAGUCGUCGCCGGCGUUGACCUCAACCACGCUGACAUCGCCGGGUACCUUCCGAAGGAACUCGGCCUCCUCUCUGACCUCGCCCUCCUCCACCUCAACUCCAACCGCUUCUGCGGCGCCGUCCCGAUGUCCUUCCGGCGUUUGAAACUCCUCUUCGAGCUCGACUUGAGCAAUAACCGGUUCGCCGGCACGUUCCCGUCCGUCGUCCUCUCCCUGCCGUCCUUGAAAUUCCUCGACCUCCGGUACAACGAGUUCGAGGGACCGAUCCCGGUCGACCUUUUCAACAAGGAUCUUGACGCGCUCUUCUUGAACGACAACCGGUUCGUGUCCGGAAUACCGGAAAAUAUCGGGAACUCCCCGGUCUCGGUCCUCGUCUUCGCUAACAACAAUCUCGGGGGGUGCAUUCCCGGCAGUAUCGGGAACAUGGCCGGUACACUCAACGAGAUUAUCUUGUUAAACGAUAAUCUCACCGGUUGUUUACCGGCGGAAAUCGGGUUGUUGAAGAACGUUACGGUUUUUGAUGUGAGUUUCAAUGAGUUACAGGGUGGGAUACCGAAUGCGGUGGGUGAAAUGAAGGCGGUGGAGCAGCUAGACUUCGGGCAUAAUAAGUUGACGGGAGUGGUUCCGGCGAGUGUUUGUCAACUGCCCAGUUUGCAGAAUUUUACGUUUUCGUUUAAUUAUCUCACCGGAGAGCCGCCGUCGUGUGGCGGAGGAAAGGUGGUGGUUGAUGAUAGGAAGAAUUGUAUUGCUGGGAAGGCGGGGCAGCGGUCGGGUAAGGAGUGUUCUUCUGAAGCUGCGAGGCCUGUGGAUUGUAGUAAGAUGAAAUGCGGUGGCGGAACGAAGAAGAGGCCUCCGCCGCCAGUCGUAAAGCCUUCACCGCCUCUGCCUUCUUCUCCGCCACCGCCUUCACCUUCCCCACCGGUUGCUGAUAAAGUUUCAGGCCGGACUUUUUCGGCUCCACCACCACCCUCUCCUCCGCCGCCUGUUUGGCUCUCACCUCCACCACCACCGUCGCCGCCACCGCCUUCACCUUCACCACCGCCGCCGCCUUCACCUCCCCCACCAAUGUCUUCUUCACCUCCCCCUCCAGCUACUGAUAAAGUUUCAGGCCGGACCUUUUCGGCUCCACCACCGCCCUCUCCUCCGCCGCCUGUUUGGCUCUCACCUCCACCACCACCGUCGCCGUCGCCGCCGCCGCCUUCACCACCAAUGUCGGCUUCACCUCCCCCUCCAACUACUGAUAAAGUUUCAGGCCGGACUUUUUCGGCUCCACCACCACCCUCUCCUCCGCCGCCUGUUUGGCUCUCACCUCCACCUCCACCUCCACCUCCACCACCACCGUCGCCGCCGCCUCCUUCACCAUCCCCACCAAUGUUGCCUUCACCUCCCCCUCCAAACGCUGAUAAAGUUUCAGGCCGGACUUUUUCGGCUCCACCACCGCCCUCUCCUCCACCGCCUGUUUGGCUCUCACCUCCACCACCGCCGCCACCACCACCAUUGCCGUCCCCACCACCAAUUCACUAUAGUCCACCGCCAUCACCGUCCCCACCACCUCCCUCACCACCAAUUCACUAUAGUCCACCACCACCAUCACCGUCCCCACCACCACAACCAUCACCUUGCCCACCACCACCAAUUCACUAUAGUCCACCACCACCAUCACCAUCACCGUCCCCACCACCUCCUCCUCCAUCACCGCCAAUUCACUAUAGUCCACCACCACCAUCACCAUCGCCGCCACCACCACCUCCUCCACCACCUCCAAUUCCAUACACUCCACCACCACCAUCACCAUCCCCGCCACCACCACCAUCACUGUCCCCGCCACCAUCACCACCAAUGCACUAUACUCCACCACCAUCCCCGUCCCCACCGCCACCACUUCCAUCCACACCACCAAAACCCGCACCUAUGCCUCCUUGUGACGAAACUUGGCCUCCCCCACCUCCUCCACCGCCCCCACCCAUGGCUCCUAAUUGUGAGGAAAGUUAUCCUUCCCCACCUCCUCCGCCGCCAGCAGAAUCAUUCCCACCCACCAUCCCACCACCGCAAUGGCAUUACUCACCACCGCCACCGGUAUUCGGAAACACGCCACUUCCUCCUGUUGAAGGAGUCUCCUAUGCAUCUCCACCUCCCCCUGUUAUUCCCUACUAUUGAUCAUCUACCCAACGACCCCAUUUCCUCAAUCCCCUUUUUUGCCUUUUAACUUCCUUGAUUUUGUUCACUACUUAUCAAUAUUGCCUUUGUUAAUUAUGUCUACAAGAGAGACCGACCGGGAAAUACAAAUUCUUUUGAUUAAAA